AUGAGAAUUUUCAUAGCCUUUGAGGGAUCUUUUGAACCAUUUGAUGUUUCAGCAGAUGAAACUGUGGAGGCUGUCAAGCUGAUGAUAAAGGAUUAUUUCCACAUUCCUCUCUCUGAAGAUGAACAAGGCAGGUGGUAUCUGGAGCUGAUGUAUGCUGGAGCAGCCCUAAAGGACAGCUGGAAUCUUGCUGAUGUUGGAAUAUCUUUUGGUUCAACUCUCAAAUGCUUUGUUAAGGAAGAAGACAAGCCAACUCUCUAUGUGUUUAAUGCUGUGACCCAAGAGACAAUGCCAAUGAUGGAGAACAUUUCCCUUCUUGGUAAAAAAGUGUCUGAUCUGAGAACCCUGGUAGCUCUGAGAUGUGGCUUCCCUGUGAGUGUUUUCUGCCUCAGGACCCCAGAGGGACUGGAGAUGUAUGACUGCAACACCCUGAGGGACUACCAAACAGACAUCGGCACGACACUUCGUUUGGACGUCUGGGAUGGAUGGAAGGAAUUUUUGAUGGGUUGUCUUCUGGGACAAAAACUUAAAGUCCAACGCUAUUUAUCGACUGAAGGACCAGUACUCAAGUAUCAGAAAAAGGUGGCCCUGUACAUCGCCGCCUUUUAUGGGUACAUUGAGCUCACUGAAUGGGCCCUGAAGCAGGGUGUGCGGCCCGAAGAGGCUGUUGGUGUUCACCCCUGUCGAGCAUGGUGCCAUGAAGCCCUUCAUGCAGAUGUCUCUAAAUGCCCCAUUCAUGCAGCUGCAGAAGCGGGCCAACUGUUGAUUCUGAAGGCCUUUGUCAACUGCAGCGUGCUGUGCCUGGAAUGUAAAAAUGCAGCGGGACAAAUUCCCCUGACUGUUGCGUUUAAACACAAGCAUAAAGACUGUGUAUUAUAUUUAUUGAGUAAAAUGUGGUCCACAGUUUCUUUUCCGAAAAUUUCAGUCCCCAUGAGGAUUUAUAUUAAAAUAAAACAGUGGGUCCUCAGAGCUCAGAGUCACAACCUUAAUAAAAGCCUGCUUUGUGGAGCAAGGGUCUUUGGGGCAAAAGUUGGAGACACCGUGAUGGUGGAUGGUUUCACCACACCAAAAAUGACCUCCAAGAGCUGGAAUAAGGCUAGGUACAAGGACUCACAAAGCACUGUGGGCAAGCUACCGCCUCUCAGGGAAGACACUGCAAGCAGGAAACCAGUCAAUCCUUUGGCAAUUUCACAGCAGGACACAAGACAACAAACCUUGAAAUUGCCUCCACUGGUAGAUGCAAAUACAUUCUCUGAAUUACAAAGACAUCAACAACGGCAUCAGAAAAAAAUUACUGCCACAGCUAGGAAAAAAGAAAAGCUCAUAAAAAAUACAUAUCUCCCCCAAGUCCCCCUCCCCCCAGUUUCCAGAGUGGCACACCCAUCUUUUUACUAUGCAACACCCAGAGCUGACUUUUUACUCAAAUCCUCCUUGGCGUGUUUCUCAGAGCACAGUGGUAAGACUCCAAGGGAGAACGCCAUCUACUGCUUAGCAGUGGCCAGGUAA